UCUUUGCUUGAGCACACAUUCGUUUGUAGGAGUUAGUCAGUUGUUUUAUCUAAGAGGGAAAUACGCACAGAAGAUCUCUGGCCACUAACCGAGUUGCUUCUUUUCAUCAUGGAAAGCUCAUGGCUACUGAGGGCAGCUUGUGUUGUGAUGGUGAUGACAGCAUCCGUGUCUGGCUGCAACAGAGGGCUCUACGAGGGCGUGAUCGAUAAACUCUGCCUGGCUAAGUUCCACUUUGACAUGGGCUCAGUGGACCGAGGUCUGUGGUGCAGCUGGCCGGACACCAGCGAGAUCUACGAGGGACUGACCAAUUGCACCUACCAAGUGGCGUUGAGAAUGGACUGCUUCUGGCCUGAUCAGAUUGUUGACCGUUUCUUUGUGGAGAUCCAUCGAAAGUACUUCCACGACUGCGCCCCGACUGGACGACUCAUUCAUGACCCGUCGGCCAAAGUCCUUGCGCCGUUUAUCGGUGUGCCGGUAUUGGUCACCCUUCUUGUGACUGCUCUCGUGGUGUGGAGGAGUAAACACACGGAGGGAGUUCUAUAACGUUAUACAUAGACCCCUUACAUUUCUGCAAAGUGGUACAGUUCAGUUCAGCUCGCCACUGUAAAGUUCGUAAUGGAAUAUCCUGGUAUGUUUUUCUAUAAUGAUAGCUAAAUUAGUUAUCAUAGGGUGACAUCAUAGUACAUUAGUAAAGAAACAUUUUGCAUUCUUCCCAUUCCAGUCCCACUCUUGCACAAAACAGAUUAUUCUGAAGUGUGUCCACCACAGCCCUCUAGGUAAUGCCCAGUAAUGAGCAUUGGGUACCAGUUUGCACCAAAAAAAUCAUAUGUUACAGAUGAAUAAUGUUGGCACUUUUGACAAAAGAAAGGAGUGAUAUUGUGUUACAUACCAAAUCAAACCA